CCUGGGCAACGGUAGGCAAGAUGAAUAUAAACAAAAAUGAGCUUACAAAAUGCCAUUUACAAUUUUCUAAUUAAUUUUGAAAUGAAAGUAUAGUGUUAGCGUGUUUAUCUGUAUGAAGUUAGUGUUUUAGGGAAAACGGUUUGAGUGUUUGCUUAACAAUGGCUUCUAUCAAUGUUCGAGACCAAAAAAUAGAGCAGCAACGUCAAUUAAUAGAGCAGAAAAUGAAGCAGAAACGACAGCACUCUGGAAUGGUUCAAGCCAAUGAUCUGAGGGUGGGAUCUGCUAAACGACCUAUUUCUGGUAGUCGAUCAAGAGAGCUCCACGGCUAUGAUGGUCCGAUGCAAUUUCUUAUGUCGCCUGUCAACCCAGAUCAAGUUAUUCCACUUCAAACAAAUAGAAUAUCAACUUAUGAUGAAUUAGAUGAGUUGAUACAAAAUCCAACAGGGGCAGAAAUUCUAGGGGCUAAUUUUCACUCUACGUUAAAACUAAAAUAUGAACAAAGAAAAAAGAUAUCAUUAAUGCCAAUACAUUACGCUGCGACGUUGUUAGAUCCUCUGAAUCGUGGGGCCAUGCUUAAACCUAAUGAGAAUAUUGACGGAUGGCAGUUUGUGAUAGCAGUGGCUGAAGAACAGCAGCAACCCAUAGAACAGUUGAUGCAAGAGAAGAAUGUUCCCGAGAACUUAACCGCAAAGUUUCACCAUAGAGAAUGUUCUCGAGAAUUUAACAACACUAAUUACCUCUUGCGGCAGCGGUCAGCGAUUGACGUGACGACUGUCCAGCGACACACGCUAAGCGGCCCCCAGGGUUUUCCGGGAUAUUUUUCCAUUGAUGACAAUGUGAUAGAAGUGUUGACCGUUGGCGACGGAUCAGGCAGCGGCGAAGAAGAGGAAGAGAGCGUACCAGUGAGCAGUAUGGGAAGAGACGUCAGCACUGACGAUGUAUGCGCAGACGCAGCAGUGGCGCCGAUGCAGGGGCGCGCUGCGAAGCGAGACGUGUCGCCUAGUCAGGCAGCAGAAAUCGAGGGUUCCGUCGAAGGCGCAGUGGAAACUUUCGUUGUGACGCCUGCCAAACACGGCACCUUAUACAAGUGCCGGAUAGCGAGGGACCGCAAGGGUAUGGACAGGGGGCUGUAUCCAACGUAUUUUCUGCAUUUGGAGAAGGAUUACGGGAAGAAGGUGUUCUUGUUAGCUGCUAGGAAACGAAAGAAGACAGCCUCCUCCAACAACCUGAUAUCCACCGACCCCACUGAGUUGAUUCGAACAGCUAUACAUAACACACUUAGUCAGAUCUCUCUCAUUCCACAUCCAGCUAGGAAACGAAAGAAGUCAGCCACCUCCAACUACCUGAUAUCCACUGACCCCACCGAGUUGACUCGAACGACUAUACAUAACAUACUCAGAUCUCUCUCAUUCCACAUUCAGCCAGGAAACAAAAGAACUAGGAAACGAAAGAAGACAGCCUCCUCCAACAACCUGAUAUCCACCGACCCCACUGAGUUGAUUCGAACAGCUAUACAUAACACACUUAGUCAGAUCUCUCUCAUUCCACAUCCAGCUAGGAAACGAAAGAAGUCAGCCACCUCCAACUACCUGAUAUCCACCGACCCCACCGAGUUGACUCGAACGACUAUACAUAACAUACUCAGAUCUCUCUCAUUCCACAUUCAGCCAGGAAACAAAAGAACUAGGAAACGAAAGAAGUCAGCCACCUCCAACUACCUGAUAUCCACCGACCCCACCGAGUUGACUCGAACGGCCGACAGCUUCGCGGGCAAACUGCGCUCCAAUUUACUCGGUACAGCGUUCACGGUGUACGACAACGGCAAGGCGUGGAGGAAGCACGAUCAUGCGCGCACGAGGCACGAACUAGCCGCUGUUAUAUAUGACACCAACGUAUUAGGUUUCAAGGGACCCCGCAAAAUGACAGUGAUUCUGCCGGGCAUGACCCCAGACAGGCAACGAGUGACCAUAGCGCCCCAAGACGACAGCGAAACCCUCUUAGAGAGGUGUAAAAACCAAAACCUAGAUGACAUUGUGGUAUUACACAACAAAACUCCCGUAUGGAACGACGAGACACAAUCCUACGUGUUAAAUUUCCACGGCCGAGUGACCCAGGCGAGUGUUAAAAACUUUCAGAUCGUCCAUGAUUCGGAGCCAGAUUAUGUCGUAAUGCAAUUCGGAAGGAUAUCGGAGGAUGUCUUCACUAUGGACUAUAGGUAUCCUUUGUGCGCUCUGCAAGCUUUUGGUAUAGCACUAAGUUCGUUCGACAGCAAACUCGCUUGCGAAUAGAAUCCCAGUUUUUUGUGAAAGUGCGAGUUUUAGCAGUCUUUAGUAAAAACUGCAAUCGUCUACUUUUGUUUACGGGUGUUUUGCAGCGUUUUCCCGCUAGAGGCGCUAAUAUGCAAUGUAUCGAGAAAUAGUGAGAAGUAAACUUGCCUAAACUUGCAUUGAAUAUUAAAAUUUUUAUUUGUCAGUGACGAAUUACGAACAGUAAUAUUGCUGCAACUCAACGAAUUACAAAUUAUAUGGAAGCAUUACUCUUCAACAAACUCGUACAACUAAACUUUAAUACUAACGCGACACGCACACAGACAAAAUAAAAUAAUUUGACAAUCAUAAAUAUGUAUCUGCAAAUUAGCCAAAUCAUAAAUUGGGUAAGAUAUUGUUUAACAGAAAUCCCAACCAAUCGGCGUGUUGAUGGCAUUUUUUUCGCCCCGCCCACGUGAUCGCGUCUUUCCAUUCUAUACAAGGCCUGAACGCAGCCAUAGGAAACUGCUCUCGUAUAUAAUGUAAAGCUGUUUUUAAAUUGAGCUGUGAUUACACACUAAUUUUGCAUACUGAUCGUGUAUAGUUUGAUCGUGGAUGCUCACGUCUUAGUUCCCGAACGAGACCGAAUUUAUACGCGAGCUACUAUACGCGUAUAAAUUGUAAUCUAGAAACAAAAAAAACAAAACAUAGAGGCAUAGUAUAACUACUUAUUAUUUUUUUGUGUGAAAUUUCUUUUACAUAUAUCUAAUUUUCGAGGAGGAAAUCGUCGAGAACCAAACCUCGAAUUUUGCAUUUUUUAUACGCAAUAUUCAGCAUUAACUACUGUUGUCCCUAUCACACGGUAUUUGCCAAUGCGUGACUGCUUAGUUUUUUCAAAUACCUAUUCCUCAAAAAUCUCUCAGCUCGCGUCCAAUCUUAACUGUCAUUUUUUUAUCCUCACGCUUGUAAGUUGUGUUCACAAGUAUUAUCUAUUAUUAACUUUCCUACAAACGAAUUCUAGUAUGUAUUAUAAAUAUAGUUAGUUGCAUUUAGAUCAACAUAGUUUGUGGUCCAAACAAUUAGGCACGUGGGAAUUGCUCAGAAUAUGCCUUUAAUGCUCAUUAGCAAUCCUUAAUUCUGUAUGGCGGCAUUUAACUUGGCUAUUCGUGUUUGCUAUUUGUUAACAUGACAUCAGCCUGUCCUUUUCAUUCCUUGUAGAGCAUGACAAGGACAGACUGAUGUCUAGCUUAUAAUUGGCAAAUACGGCAUUAGAUUUUUACCAUAUUUACCCUUGAAGUUUGAAGUAAAAUAAACGUGCAUGCACGUGAAAAAGGACCGUUUUUAAACAAUCAAAGAUUUUUUGUCACGUUUAAUAUUUUUUUAGUUGUUUUAAAUAUGUAUAACAAAAAUGUAAUACUAUUUUCUUUUUCAAGCGCAUAAUUUGCUACGGUGCUGCUACUGCUUCGUUUUUUUGUUAUUUAUAAUUAUUAGGAUAAUAUCCCUAAUUUUGAAUAAUGAAAUAAUGCUUGCUUCUGUAAAAUUUCCAUUUGUUUACUUUAGUCAUACAAUUUUACAGUGAUUGCCCAAUGGUUGCUAAUAAAUUAUGGAUUUUUUGUGAAGUGGCAGUUCUAUGCUUAUGCACAAUCACAAAUAUUUAUAUCUGUUUAAUGUACUCAUGUUGUAAUUAGAAAUGUGCAAAAAAUAUGCAAUGAUAAAAUUUACAGGGCUAACCAGAAAGUGAAUUCUCUUAAUAGGGAUGAUGACAUAAUGUUUUUCUUCAUCUAACAGUAGAUUAAUCAAAAAGUAUGGGACACGUAUUUUUCUUUAUUCGUAUAAUCAAAACUUUACAAAGAGAUAUUGAUUUGAAAUGUCGCAUGACGUCACGUCCUGGUACAGUUUUUACUUAGAAGUUACGUCACCAGCCCCAACUUCCAAACUUUGACGCGUUUUAUCUUCGUAAUUUUUUGGUUGAUUGACAAAAGAGAAAAUAUGUGUCCAUUAUUUUUUUAAUAAUCUAACAGACGGACUACAUAUAUACAAUUUUGUUUACUUUAACCCAUUAUCAUCCCUAUUGAUCUGACCAAAAUUAUGAGGUUUGCUCAAAUUUAAAAAUCUUUUACUUAUAUCUAAAGUUAAUAUAAGUUUUUUCUCAUAUAAAAACAAUUUGCCAUGACAUCUUACUAGUGAAGUCAACUAACUACACUUAUAAGGCCGACGCACAUGCAGUAACCCUGAAAAAGCAUGAGUUGUUAUUAUUCAACUAUUGUUGGGAUAUCUCUAACAUCCUGAAUAAAAUCAAACAAAUGAUGUAUAUAGGUAUUCAACAGAUGCAGAUUAAGUUCUGUCUUAGAAUAAUAACGCCUAGAAGCCGUGUUUUAACCAAUGGGUAAAAGUGUACGUCCUGGGCCGAAGAGCUGAUACUUGUCAUUUCUUAGUUGAAUAGGUCUCUAUUAGCGUUUUAUUUUUCUGGCACAUCGCCGGCCCCAGCUGCGGCAUUCUCGCUUUGUUAUGGUCACAACACUAACCUAGGGGUCUAUCGCCAAACAGAAUUGCUAUGACUAUAGCUUACGAUUUUAUAUUGUUGUUACCAAUACAAAAGAAAUUAUGUAUUCUUGAAUAUCUAAUGGGUCCCGACUGUUAAAGUAGCAUUGUUCCUUAUUAACAGAAUUAUAGACUACGCGACUUGCUUUUUUCUUUUCAGUUUUUAUUUGAAGUAUCAUUAAGAAGUCGGGUUUUUUGAUUUUUUAAAUUUACCUUUUUUUUGUAACAUGAAGUAAUAUCGUUAACAUAAACUUUAAAAACUUAAUGUAUGAUUAUUGUAAUUUAAUG